GCGCGAUGACGCAUCGAGCGCGACGCGGGGCGGCCCGCUGAGGGAGCGGCGGCAUGUUGCAGCCGCGGCGGCCGCUCGUCGGCCUCGUCGCCCGUUGCGCCCGUAUCGCCCGCCUGGGCCCCCGCCCGCCCGGGCCCGCCGAGGGCCCCCCCGCUCCCGGCGGCCAGGCGGGGGGCGGUGCGGGGCGGCGGGGCCUGCUGGGCCUGUUGGCGCGGCAGUGCAGCUGCGUGACGGGGCAGCGGGCGCGGCGGGCCCGGUACCGCGGCGGCGGUAGCGGCGGGGACGGGGCGGCGGAGCGGGCGAGGCGCGGCGGCGGCGGCGGGUGGUGGUGGUGGUGGUGGUGGCGGGGGCAGCUCCGAGGCCGCCCCGCCUUCGCCGCUACCGGCCGCCUCAUGGCGACCCUGGCCGGUGUCUUCGUCUGGGACGGGCAGCGCAUCGAGGAGGAGGAGCUGCAGCGGUCUGCGCAGGAGAUGAAGCACAUGGAGAACAUAUCCAGCCUGUUACAAGGCAGCAGCCCGGGCGAGUAUCAACGACUGGAUCCCAAAUCGGAGCGAGAGGCGGUCGCCGUUCCCGGGGAGCAGCCCUGGGAGAUGAUCAUGGACAAGAAGCACUUUAAACUCUGGCGGCGACCGAUCGAGGGCACCCACUUAUACCAGUACCGAGUGUUUGGCUCAUACACAGACGUGACGCCCCGGCAGUUCUUCAACGUACAGCUCGACACUGAAUAUAGGAAGAAGUGGGACUCGCUGGUCAUCAAAUUGGACGUAAUCGAGAGAGACCUGGCCACUGGAUCGGAAGUGAUUCACUGGGUCACUCAUUUCCCGUACCCUAUGUACUCGCGAGACUACGUAUACGUCCGACGGUACAGCGUAGACAAAGAGAACAACCUGAUGGUACUAGUGUCGCGGGCAGUGGAGCAUCCGAGUGUCCCUGAAGACCCCGAGUACGUUCGAGUCAGAACCUACGAAUCCCAAAUGGUCAUCCGUCCGCACAAAACCUUCGAUGAGAACGGUUUCGAUUACUUGCUGACCUACAGCGACAACCCGCAGACCGUGUUUCCCCGUUACUGCGUCAGCUGGAUGGUCUCGAGCGGUAUGCCGGAUUUCCUGGAAAAACUGCACACGGCAGCCCUGAAAGCUAAAAAAAUGGAAAUCGAAGUGCGGGACUAUAUGUCUGCCAAGCCCAUCGAGAGCGGCGGCAGCGAGGGGAAGGCGAGUAUGGCCGCAGCGGAGCACAAGAGCGACGGAACCCGCGGCCCUGCCCAGCUGGAAUACGCCUGAGGAGCCGAACCUCGGAUUCUCCGGUCCCGGGACGCGGAGCCGAGCUCCGGAGAAGGACCCGCGCCGUGCCGCAACGCCGCCGCCGGAGCUUCGUUCGGUUUUUCCCUCCCCGUCUCAUCUCCAAAGCUCUGCUCCCUCGCCAAGACGGGGCUCCCGUCCCCCGCGCCGUGUGUGUUCGUGGCCAGGCCGAUGAAAUCUCAUGUCGUGUAAUCGUUUCUUUGUACCGGUAAAUAUUUCCCCGCCCAGAAAGCAAAAAGAUUAUCCCCCUCCCCCCAAAAAAACCCCAACCAUUUUAGGGAUACCCCACCCUGCCCACUCCCUCGUUUUUUCAUCCCCCUUUGGACUUUUGAUCCCAAAUAUUUUUGGGUCUCGCUUUUGUACCGUGGCGGCUGGAUGAGGAUGCUCCGUGUCACCGCCUCGGCGUGGGGUUCCCCCCCCCCCCACCAAAAGACCCUUCGACCUCAUUCUGCUAGGGUGGGGGGUGACCUGAACUGGUAAAACUGGGGGGGAAAUGCUAUUUUUGGGGUGGUUUUUAGCUGCUGGUUUGUUGUAGGGGAGGGUAGAGCUCAUGGAAGUGGGGGGGCACCUUUCUGCGGGUGCUCAGCUGGGCCCCAGCGACCCCCCCACCGCGGUUUGUGGUGUUACCGGGGCUGAUCCCGCCGGGUUGCGGCACGGGGGGGGGGUCAGCGUCGGCCUUUUUGGGGUGGGGGAAAGCUGUAGGAGCAGCAAAAUACUAAUAAAUCAUCUGUCAUAGCCA